AUGAGCUAUCUUCUCUGGAAGUAUUUCUACGAUGACGAAAUCGAACGGUUUCGAAAACUCCUGGCAAAUGCGAGCCAUGGACCGCAGUAUACAUCGAAAAGCUAUGGUGGAGGGACGGGGGGACAUAGCUUGGGAAGCAUGACAGGAAGCCCGGGUACUGGCGCAUUUUCGACCUCUCCUCGAGUAGUGAAGAAUAGGAAAGUCUCAGGGAAUACUGGGAAUAUUGGCCAAAAGGGGGCGAAUCAAACCGUUCUCAACCGGUCGGACAUUAAUAGCAGAGACUAUGCAGGCGUGCCCCUCCUCUGCCGAAUAGCAUCAUCCAAGUCAGAGAGCGCAACAGAUUUUGGCAUGGCACUGAUUGAACAUCCUGCUAUCGACUUAUAUGCUCAGGAUAUAGAGAGUGGUUGGACAGCUCUGCAUCGAGCCCUAUACUUUGGGAACAUUGCGCUUGCCCGGGCUAUAAUCGAGAAAGAUAGUCGGAGCCCGGGUGGCUUGGAAGGGCCCAUUCAAAGAGCGUCGAUGUCAGUAAUCAAAGUCAAAGACCGUGAGGGAAACAGCCCUUUUGAUGUGUACAAUGCGACAAUCGCCCGACGAAGCCUGAAACGGAGGAUAGAUCUACCAGAGUCAGACGAUAGCUCUCAGGGAGAGGAAGAAACUAUAGCCCCCGGACCUGAUGAUGAAGAUAGUCAUCCCAAGGCGGCUAUUGAUGGUGAUGAAAUUUUUGCCUGGGGAAGUAGCAAAAAUUACAAUCUCGGGUUCGGGGAUGAAGAUGAUCGCCAAUACCCCGAAAAAGUCCAUCUGAAACGACCUGACCAUUUGCUCUUCAGAUUCUUCCGGGAGUAUUUGGAGUCUAUCAAAGAGACCGAUGAGGCUCUCUAUACUCACUUGUCCCAGAUAAACCCAAAAGCUGUCUCUGAUCUGCCUACUCUCGUGUCGAGUCGACCCAUCAUUGUGCAGGAUGUGGUACUUUCAAAGCUUCAUAGUGCUAUUCUUACUAGCGAUCCAGAGAGCAACCUCUUCAUGUGUGGUUUUGGUCCCGGAGGAAGACUGGGGACGGGUGAUGAGGUAACACGGUUCUCGUACGUCUGUGUAGAGGGAGGUCUAUCUGGAAGGAAGAUUGUCCAGGUUGCUCUGGGGCAUAGCCACUCUUUGGCCGUCGAUUCUCAGGGCGACAUCUUCUCCUGGGGACAAAAUCAUUACGGCGUGCUUGGAUAUUCCUUGCCACGGACGACGCUGAAGGAUGAUGACCCUAUCUGCUCCACCCCACGCCAGAUUUUUGGCCCUCUUAAAAGGGAGACUAUUAUUGGUGUAGCUGCUUCAGCCAUCCAUUCGGUCGCCCAUACUUCCACAUCAUUGUUUACAUGGGGUCGGAACGAAGGUCAACUUGGAUUGAUGGACUCGGACUCACGCAGCCUCGAAGUGCAAUCUGUACCUCGGAAGGUUGCGGCAUCACUAUUCAAGGCGCCAAUAAAGAUGGUAGCUGCAAUUAACCGAGCUACGAUUGUGUUGCUUGAGAACCACACCGUUUGCGUCUUCACUAAUUACGGAUACAAUAUCGUCAAACUGCCGGCAAACGAAGGAUUCCGGAAUUAUCACUUGCAAACGACUGCUCUCACGACACGAUAUGACGCACCCUCUAGCAGUAUUACGAAUAUCACCGCCGCUGGCGACACCAUAGCUGCUUAUUCAACACAAAGUUUGUUCACGAUAAAUGUGAGGCAGAUCGAUACAGGCUCCACAACCAGCACAACGAAUCCUUCCAAGAUCAAGGAUUCGUUAACCCUUCCACAGAGGGUAUGGUCCUUACGCAAAGGUCAUUGGGACGGUAUCAAAUCGGCCUCGGUUACUGAAAAUGGCUCAGUUAUUAUCUGCACUCAAGCAGGGGUGGUGUGGCGCCGUGUAAAGCGUACGAAGGUAAAGGAUGCUUUUGCAAGCGCCGGAAGCUUUCAUAGCAAAGAUUUCAAGUUUCAACGAGUCCCGGGUCUCACAAAAGUCGCAGCUGUACGCAGCACAGCUUAUGGUGUAUACGCUGCGAUUCGCAAAGAUUGCGAUGUCACGAAGACUCAGAUUGGUGUUGACGAGCAGGGUUUGUGGGAGGAUAUCCAGUCCCUUCUUUGUCUGCGCGACUUCCAAGCUUCCAAUCUGCCACAGGAGAGCAGUACUGAGUCACUACGGGUACCGGGCCAAGUGCAACCGGAAGUCUUGCCUAGGUCCUUGAAAGCUGGUGUACUGGGAUCCACGGACCUCGAGACAGAUAUUAGUCGCCAUUUACUUGGAGUGGAGGAUGACUAUGAUGCCGAGAUCACUAGUACCACAUCUGAGGUCCAAAUACCGGUGCACGGCUUCAUGCUAGGCAGAAGCUCAGUUUUGAGGAGCGCUCUUAGUGAGUUUCGGCACACUGGAGCAGCACAUAUCCCAGAUCUCCUCACCAUCACGAGUGAGACGACAAGCAACGGAGCUCGGAUGCGGGUUACUUUUCAAGGCCUAGACUUCUUCACCAUCCUUAACCUGGCCAUCUACUUGUACACUGAUACGGUGGUGGAUGUUUGGCACUUCACCCGACGCUCGCCCCAAAUGGCCUUCAGAUUUAGACAAGUGCGUGUUGAGCUUAUGAAAACUGCUGCAAAUCUUCAACUAGCAAAGCUAGAGUCGGCAGUACGCCUUAUGACCACGUCAGACCGGCGGAUGGACGUCGACAUGAAACUCGCACUUCAGGAUCCUUCGUUCUUCGAAGACGCAGAUGUCAUCAUUGAGCUAGAUGGAUCUGAAAUGGCUGCCCAUAGUGCCUUAUUAUGUCAACGGUGCCCGUUUUUUGAGGGGCUAUUUCAUGGCCGCGCUGCCGGUCAAUGGCUUGCCGGUAGACGCGACGACGACCCAGAGGCUAUCCGGAUUGACUUGAAGCAUGUCCAUCCUGAGGCAUUUCGGCUCGUAUUAUUAUACCUUUAUGCCGACGUUGGAGUGGGGCUCUUUGAUGAUGUAGUUGCUGCUGAUAUUGAUGAGUUCUCGGACCUUGUUAUGGACGUUCUAGCGGUGAGCAACGAACUUAUGCUCGACCGGCUAUCGCAAACAUGCCAGGAGGUUCUUGGUCGUUUUGGUGAGUCGGCAAAUACUUUUCAUCUUAAACUCAGUCCUAUUCCAAUUCAGUGUGUCAUCCUGUCCCCUAUUGGAGUGUUGAUGGGAAGCUCCUGGGGACAUAGCGAGAAUUGCUCAUUCGCGCAAUCUAGAGAUAAACCAGCUAACUUUUCGGCAGUCAACAUCCGUAAUGUCUGUCAUCUUUUGAACGCUGUUGCGCCAUGCUCUGUCACGGAAUUCAAGAAUUCAGCCCUCGAAUAUGUUUGUCUGCAAUUGGAGUCAAUGCUGGAAAAUCAUUGGUUAAAUGACCUAGAUGAGGGGCUCGUUCUAGAGUUAGAGAGCCUCGUUCGGGCAAAUCAAUUGGCAUGCCUCCCUUUCGUCAAAAGUGGAAGAGCCGAGCUCCUUUUACAUGAGCGCCAUCCUAGCCUAGCAGGGGACAUUGAUGAAGAACGGCAACGAAGAAAUCGUGAUAUGGCAUUCCGAGCGAAGCUAAAGAGUGAUGACAGCCGGUUUUCUUCACCGUUCCGAGUGCGUAUUGGAACACCUGACGACGCUACCACUGGGUCGCCUAGCGAAGAGAAGGCCAGGGGUAAACCAAGACGUGCUCAAAACGAACCCUUCAGCCCGACCCUCAGACCGAAGAACUCGGCUUUGGAUUUGAUGUUUGAUAUGGAAGAUGACGGGUCAUUACCGUUGGCGAGCUCUAAGCAUGCCACUCCAACCACGAAAGGAGACAGCGCCAACCUUUGGGAAGAUACUGAGCCUAGCUAUGAUGGCGAUGCCGGCCGGUCACUGCCCCAUACUCCCGCAUCGCCAGGUCUACAAGCUUUCAAGACGAAUGAGAGGGAUGUCACUCCAACUAAGAUUUGGUCGUCGCCGGCGCUUCCAUCCGCAAAGCUUGAUAUGCGCGACAUUAUGGCCCAGGCGUCUUCAGGCCGUGGCUCAAAUCUCUCCAUGAAUCUAUCAUUACAGAAAGCUCGAGAGGAGAAAAUCAGCCAGGCAGGAUUGUCGAAACCAUCGCAGAAGGAACGCAAAAAGCAGCAACAAAGAGCACUAGAGGAAGCUGCUUCUCAUCCUCAGAUAACCCUAGACAAGGCCGACGGAAAGCCGGCGUCGCCUUGGCUGGUAGCUCCGGUGGGACCAAAGACGUCUUUGAAAGAUGUUCUUGAGGACUCCAAGUCAUCACUCCCAACACAUGCGCCGAAGUCUUUGGAAUCUCCAGCGGCCACCCGCCCAUUGUCAGUUCGACGGGCUGCAUCACCAGAUACACGGUUUGCAGGCCAGUCGAGGAAUGUUAGCUCUGGUAGUGCUACAAAGCCAUCCCGUCCUUCUGCCCAUCCUUCUGGUUCGCGAGUCCCAUCUGGAUCCUCAUCCAAGUCGAACCCUAUUGCUCCUCACUCGACGGCUCACACCUCGCCGGCCACCAGAGCCGAGCCUUCGUUGCAGCUAUCGAUGGCGGAUAUUAUUGGUCAACAAAGGAGAGAACAGGAAGUCAUUAAAGAAGCCGUCGCCAAGAGAAGUCUGCAGGAAAUACAAGAAGAACAGGCCUUCCAGGAGUGGUGGGACCAGGAAAGCAGGAGGGCUCAACAACAGGAGGCUGCAAGGACGAAAGCCGUGGCGGCUGGAUCUGGAUCCGGAUCUGGAAGGGGUGGUAAAAGUAGUAGCGGACGCGGAAAGAGUGGUGGACGGGGAAGAGGGGGGAAGGGCAGAGGCGGAGGCGAUGCCUCGCCGGGACGCGGCCGCGGAGGAUAA